AUGAGUUUGAGUUAAUAAUUAAAGGAAGAAGAAGAGGAAGAAGAAGGACUUAACUAACCUAUUCAGCAAGUCUCUACUGUUCCUAUUCGUAGGAAAAAUAAAAAAAGACAAAUUCUCAAUCCUUCUUUAAACACUGGACAUUGGAGCCAAUAAGAACACUAAACUUACUUAGACUUUCUCCAAUAACACAAAGAAAUCAUGGAAUCACAGGACUAGAAGAAAAGCAAUAAAGUCUUCAAAUAGAUGAGUGAAAUCAUUGGAAGUCGCAGUCCUUCUCAAUGUAGGUAUCAAAUCAACACUAUUUAUCAAAUUAGAUCUCAUCAUCAAAAAUUCAAUCCAUUCAUUCACCAAGUCAAGAAAAGAUAAAAAGGGGCAGGCAAAAAAAAGAAGGAUAACCAAACCACUCAACCAAUCUAGCAUUUCUUUCCUUUCUAUUAACAACCCAUCUUAUCUCAAAACCAACUAGACUUUCCAUUAUUCCAAACAAACAACCCUGAAGAAGUGCUCUAUCCAUAACCAAUCUCAUCAGAUAGAAGUCUCCUUUACAAUUUCGGUUUCCUUCCAUAAUUCCCUAUCAACUUGAACUACUAUACUGAUUUUUUUGUUAAUUAGACCAUGUACUAAAAUGAAAAAGAGAAUCAAUUUGAAGAUUAGUGA